UUUAAAGUCUCUGCCAGACUUGAGCUCAUGCGCUACUUCCUGGAUGGCGGAAUGGAAAGCUUCCAGUGCCGCUUUAACUCUCGUCUCUGUGUUUUCAGCCUGAUGCGUGGACUACCGCUUCUCUGAGAUCUCUCUCUCUCUUUCACCGCAUACCAACCAUCCACAGCUACACUGAAAUGUUUUUCCUCCGGACUACAAGCCCGACCAUUUAAAAGAAAGAGAGAGACAAGAAAAACUGUUUGCCUUGGUCGAACUUCACAAGAAAAAUCUCUCUGAAGAACUCGCCAACGGAGGCGGCCGAUUUUUCGCACGCGAGAACUUCUUUGCGCGCGUGAAUCCAUCAGGCGCGUUUGCGUCGCUUGUUUGCGGGAGUUUCGGGAGGAUAACUCUGUCAACAGUUGCCUUAUUUGCAGCUCUCCAUGUAUACAGUGUGACAUGCGGAGGUUAGUGCGACCGCGCGGCUGCUGCUGGUGGUGGAUGCCGCCUCUGGUUUUGUCGCUCGUGCUUCGGUGGGCGCACGCUCAUCCCGCAUUGGUUGAGGGGGUGAAGGCGGACCAUCAUGACCGGCCAAUCGGUGAUAGGCACCGCAGAGCAGCCGAAGAGUCAUACUGGGCCUACUCAGGGACGUAUGGACCAGAUACAGGGUGGGCGACGGCUUUUCCUGAGUGUCAGGAGAGGAACCAAUCGCCGAUCAAUAUAGCCGACCAGGAUACUAGGGUCUCGAUGGAGUACCAGGAACUCACGUUGGACGGGUUCGACGCGGAGUCGUCCAAUAAGACGUCGAUGAAGAACACAGGCAAAACCGUGGCCAUAUUCCUAAAGGAUGAUUAUUUCGUGAGAGGGGCGGGUCUGCCGGGCCGCUUCAAAGCCGAGAAGGUGGAGUUUCACUGGGGCCAGAGCAACGGUUCGGACGGCUCGGAGCACAGCAUCAAUGGCAGGAGAUUCCCUGUGGAGAUGCAGAUCUUCAUGUAUAACUCUGAUGACUUUGACAGUCUCAGCGCAGCCAUACGGGAGAAGCGAGUGAUCGCGGCGAUGGCCGUCUUUUUUCAGGUGGGGAUGAAGGACAAUCCAGCAGUAGAUCCGAUUAUUCACGGUUUAAGAGGAGUAGUGCAUCAUGAAAAAGAGACGUUUCUAGAGCCCUUCGUGCUAAGAGACCUGUUACCCUCCUCUUUGGGAAGCUACUACCGGUACAUCGGCUCGCUGACCACCCCACCCUGCAGUAAAGUCGUGGAGUGGAUCGUCUUCAGCCGCCCAGUGUUCCUCUCCUACAAACAGCUGGAGGCAUUUUACUCCAUCUUCACUACAGAACAGCAGGACCAUGUUAAAUCGGUGGAGUACCUGCGUAAUAAUUUCCGUCCACUUCAGAGUCUGGACAACCGAGAGGUCUUCAAAUCUGCCGUCAAAGACGCUUGGCUGCCUGACUUGACUGACAGCCUGGGGAAUCCGUAUGGUACAGAGGCUUCCAAAGCAUGCAGCAGCGCACCGAUCAACAUGAACGUCCAGCACACGAACAAGACGGCACUUGUGGUGAGAUGGUCCCGUCCGGAGAUCACCUAUGACCCACCUAUUAUCAGCUACCUCAUUUCCUACAGCUGGACCAGAAAUGAUGAAUCAUAUGAGGAGACGUAUGUCAAAGGCAGCGAUCAGAAACUGGAGGCCGUCAUCACGCCUGUGUCAUCAGAUGUGUUGUACCUAUUCCGGGUCCAGGCCGUGUGUUUGAGUGACAAGCGUAGUGACUUCAGCCAAAGCAUGCUGUUCAGAGCCAACACCACUAGGAUAUUUGAGGGUACAAGAAUAGUGAAAACUGGAAUGCCAACCGUCUCUCCAGCAUCCUCAGCAGACAUGGCACCAAUCAGCUCAGGCUCCUCCACCUGGACCUCCUCUGGUCUUCCCUUCUCUUUCGUAUCAAUGGCGACUGGGAUCGGCCCAUCUUCCAGUGGCAGCCAGGCGACCGUGGCGUCCGUUGUAACCAGCACCCUCCUAGCAGGUUUAGGCUUUAGCGGAGGUGUCAUCUCUUCAUUCCCCAGCUCCGUGUGGCCUAGCAGACCUCCGCCCUCCACGCCGACUCCCGCUUCCACCCGUCAGACCCCGGCCAAGUCUGUCGUGACCACCACCGAACCGACUUCCUCCCCGGCCUCGGAUGCGGACGCCACCACGGCCGCUAAGGCCGAAGGAUCUGACGAUGGGGGUGAGAAGGGAGGGAAGGGUGAAGAUGAGGAUGGAGAGAAAAACGGAGAGGAAGAAGAGGAGGAGGAAGAAAAAGGUACAGAGACCAAAAACGGCGGAGAUCCCGACGCGGUCGAAAAGCAGGUGAACAGCUCCGUGGUGAAAGAUCCUCCCACAGCGGUGCCAGAUUCAACAGCGAAAGAGAAAGGAGGAAGCAAGAGCACAGUGCCGUCUAGUGUCCCGGAGGAAAACACACAGAGGAUCGGUGAUGAGGACACAGAGGUGCUGCCUACCAGAGAGCCGGAAGAUGAUGAUAGUAUGACAGCAGUAAUCGAGGCACCAGACAGCACGGCUAAAACCGACAAACCCGACCGUGGUCACCUGCCACCUUUCUCUAUACAUACAGAACGUACGCUCGUCUCCAGUAUGUACCCAGUGCCUGUUGCAGGCAGGAUGGAGUGGAUCAUCCCUCUGGUGGUGGUGUCUGCGCUUACCUUCCUCUGCCUCAUCCUGCUGCUGGCCGUCCUCGUCUACUGGAGGAGGUGUUUCCAAACGGCUCAUUUCUACGUGGAAGACAGUAACUCUCCCAGAGUUGUACCCAAUGAGAGUAUACCUGUUAUUCCCAUUCCAGACGAUAUGGAGGCCAUUCCUGUCAAGCAGUUUUACAAACACGUUUCCGAGCUCUAUUCCAAUAAUCAGCAUGGAUUCUCAGAAGACUUUGAGGAAGUGCAGCGCUGCACAGCAGAUUUGAAGAUCACAUCCGAACACUCCAAUCACCCGGAUAAUAAGCACAAAAACAGAUACAUCAACAUCAUAGCCUAUGACCACAGUAGAGUAAAGCUCAGACCGCUGGCUGGCAAAGACUCCAAACACAGCGAUUACAUUAAUGCCAACUAUGUAGAUGGCUAUAAUAAGCCUAAGGCGUACAUCGCUGCACAGGGUCCACUCAAGUCCACAUUUGAGGACUUUUGGCGGAUGGUGUGGGAGCAAAACACUGGCAUUAUAGUCAUGAUCACCAACCUGGUAGAGAAAGGCAGAAGAAAAUGUGACCAGUACUGGCCGACAGAAAACAAUGAGGAGUACGGCAAUAUCGUGGUGACAUUAAAGAGAACCAAAGUAAUGGCCUGCUACACACUCCGCAUCUUCACCAUCAGAAACACCAAAGUAAAAAAGGGUCAGAAGGGCAACACAAAAGGUCGUCAGAGUGAAAGAACAGUGCUACAGUAUCACUACACUCAAUGGCCAGAUAUGGGCGUUCCUGAGUACACACUUCCUGUGCUCACUUUUGUCAGAAAGUCCUCAGCCGCACAGACCCCAGAGAUGGGACCUAUGCUCGUGCACUGCAGUGCUGGUGUGGGCAGGACGGGAACUUACAUCGUAAUCGACAGUAUGUUACAGCAGCUGAAGGAUAAGGGCUCGGUGAACGUGUUGGGUUUCCUCAAACACAUACGCACUCAGAGAAACUACCUGGUCCAAACAGAAGAGCAGUAUAUCUUCAUCCACGAUGCCUUGAUAGAAGCCAUUCUCGGUAAGGAAACGGAGGUGAGCUCCGGUCAGCUACACAGUUACGUAAACAGCAUCCUGACGCCGGGCGCCGGAGGCAAAACGCGACUGGAGAAACAGUUCAAGGUGGGGACUUUGUGCAGAACUUCUGCAAAGUCAUACGAAAAAUCAUUUAUCAUCAGCAGACGAAAUGUUUGUGUUGCUGGAGGACGCUUUCUGAUUUUAAAGUUGGUGACCCAGUGCAAUGCCAGAUUUGUGGAGUGUUUCAGCGCUCAGAAAGAAUGCAACAAAGAGAAAAACCGCAAUUCUUCUGUUGUCCCAUCUGAAAGAGCGCGUGUUGGUCUCGCACCGCUGCCAGGGAUGAAAGGCACAGAUUACAUCAAUGCAUCUUACAUAAUGGGCUUCUACAGGAGCAAUGAGUUCAUCAUUACCCAGCAUCCUCUGCCUCACACCACUAAAGACUUCUGGAGGAUGAUCUGGGAUCACAACGCUCAAAUCAUUGUCAUGUUGCCAGACAACCAAGGGCUGGCGGAGGAUGAGUUUGUGUAUUGGCCGAGUCGAGAGGAAGCCAUGAACUGUGAGGCAUUUACAGUCACUCUCAUCAGUAAAGAUAGACUCUGUCUCUCCAAUGAGGAGCAGAUCAUCAUUCAUGACUUUAUCUUGGAGGCCACACAGGACGACUAUGUUUUAGAGGUUCGUCAUUUUCAGUGCCCGAAGUGGCCGAACCCCGACGCUCCCAUCAGCAGCACUUUUGAACUCAUAAACGUCAUCAAAGAGGAGGCCAUGACCAGGGAUGGACCCACUAUAGUGCACGACGAGUUUGGAGCAGUGUCUGCUGGGAUGUUGUGUGCUCUCACUACAUUGUCACAACAGCUGGAGAGUGAAGGAGUCGUUGGGGUCUACCAGGUGGCCAAGAUGAUCAACCUCAUGAGACCUGGAGUCUUUACCGACAUUGAACAGUACCAGUACCUUUACAAAGCUAUGCUCAGCCUGAUAAGCACUAAAGAGAACGGAUUCAGUCCCAUGUCCCUGGACAGGAACGGCAGUAUGGCCAUGUCCGAUGAAUCGGACCCCGCGGAAAGCAUGGAGUCCCUUGUCUGAAGCCCCCCGAGCAGGCACGAAGAGGCACUUAAUCUAACUUUGUAAAACUUCAAGGACUAAGACAGACUUUUUCUGAGGCCUUUUUGCCAGAACUCUUGGUUAAAAGAAUAACCUGAUUACUUUUUUACACUGAUAAAAAGUUUUUGAUAUUUAUUUUUUCGCCAUUUUAUGUCUUAAUGUUAUCCUACUGAACAUUUGCACCGACGUUUUUUGAGUUCACGACAAACGAAGCGAAACGAAACACAGUUCUGUCUAGUUUGCACUAUGGAAAUAUCAGUGUUACUGCCUACGACGCCAUCUCAAUCACUAUCGGUCCUUCUCACUGUAUCUCGCCCGCUCGCUUCACGCCCUUAUUUGACAUUCCAUAACAGAGCUGCUUUCCGAAUAAUCGCCACAAACUCAAACGAUGGAAGACGAGAUUAUAUAUCCAUUUCCGACGUCCGACUUGCGAAGACCCACCACACUCACAGAUGACCAUAUCAGCAAUAUGGAUUGUUACGUUUGACUUUAUUUCUUUGCUUUGAUAGUUUUCCGCACCUCAAAUAGUAACGUUAUAUAUCUAUUCAUUAUGCUUCUAGUCAAACCCAUAAUUUACUUUGUAAAGGUGGUAUUAAAACAGCUACUGUGAACUUUUGUAUGAUUCAUAUUCUGCUUUUAAUAUAUAUGAAUAUAUCGUAUAUCAUGAGAACUUGUGCUUUUGUAAAUGUUAACUGUCACUAUGAGCACCCGUUACCAUUUCCAACUAUGCUUGAUUGAAGGAUCUGCCUCUUUAAAGGUGUCGCAGAGCCCAUGACCUCUUUAGCACCCCCUGCUGGAUUGAGUUUCACCAUUGCUUUUUGCUGCAAGCUGCUACUUGGCUCGAGUAGGGAAUAGGUAAUGAUAUUACAUAUGGACUUAGGAAUUAAUUCUCUGCCCACUUCAUUUUGUAAUUUUAUACUGCUUUUCAUUAGUCUGGUUUAUUUUAAUGCCGACAAAUCCGUCCAAUAUCUUUGAGAAUAAUGUAAACUCUGGAUGCCUUCUGUACAGUCUCAUUUCACCCGUUGCAAGUGUGUGUAUGUAUGCCAUAUGUGUGUGUUUGGUAUUGGCUGGUUUUACUGCAAAACUAAACUAUCCACAUGAAACUAUAGACUCAGUCCAAGCAUUUCAUUACUAAACAGACUACUAGCAUAAUUGAGUUUUUAUUUACCACUAGAGAAACAGCUACUGUUAUAUCAUAUGGUCCUCUCAUUCCAUACAACACAAUUGCCUUGCUAACAGAACCUUAGUGUCCAUUACCAAAAACAGGAGACCCGUGAUUCAUAAAUUUUUACCAAAGACUACAACUGUCAUUCACCCAAGUCAUGAAACUGCAGGAAAGUUUAUUUUAAUAUUGGGUCAAAUAGUUUUAGUGUCCCGUGAAAUGAAUUGCAUAAUGUUGAUAAUGAUGAAUCUACAUACAACAACAUUUGUUUUGUUUAGUCUUUUCUUUUGUUUAUCCUUUGUUUAUUUUGUUUUGUUCGCAUCCACUAAAUGUUUCAAAAGUCGUGUUUAUUUUUGAUGUUGCAGUCAUUGAGAAUGUAUACAAAUGUUUUUUUUGUUUAGUUUAAGGAAAUGAAAAUGUUUGCUGUUAAGGAGAUAACACACAUGAUGUUUGUUUGUUUAGUUCAUGCCUGGUUUCUCUCCAACAUUUGGGGAAAUAUUCUGACUUGUAUAUCGCGCCGGAUAAUUGAAAGUGACAAGUUGCAUUUCUGAAACGAUUUAUUCCUGUGGUGUCCACUUUUUCUUUUUUGCUUUGGCAGUCACACUAUACUCGUGGGUUGCAUUUGCAAACAGCAUAUUUGCAUUAGCAUGUAUGAAAUGUACAUAUAUUUUGUUGCUUCAUUAACCCUUCGAUUCCGAAAGCUUUGUAUCCUGACUUAUAGUCAUAAACUUUAUAUUUUCAUAUAAAUUAAUUUAGUUUUGUUUUUAGCGUUUAGUUCUCAUAAUGAUGUUUAAUGACUUCAAUUCAUUCGACAAGAAGCUGACAUUACAUUCCAAACACAUUCAUGUCAAUCAUAAACUAAGGCAGUGAUUGUGGUAUUUUUUAUUUCCUUUGAAUCUAAUCAAAUCUGUUUCAUCUGUGCCAGAAGUGCAAUAGAAUAGCUAUUGUAUAUCAAAGAAUAAGAUUUUCCCAUACAAAGCAGGUGGGUGUCGCCAUCAUAACCUCUUUUUGUAAUCUGAAAUAACACAAAAUGAAGGAAGUUUUUUUCUUUUUAUUUCUUUUUUUGUUGGAAGCUAUAUCAAAGCAUUCUAUUAUAUAGUGUUAUUUAAUAUGUAAAUUGUAUUGCUAUACAUAAAAUAAAAUAUGGGUUUUGAUGUACUUUAAGCAUA